AUGGCUCAGGCUGCUUCUAAAACGUGUGAGAUAUGUGCUUCUGGACCUGGACUUAACUACUGUGAACAGUGUGACCAGUUGUUUUGUGGUGGAUGUAAAACAUCUCAUUUACGGACGAAGAUAAGCAAAAGCCAUACAUUUCUAAGUGGUCCAAAUAGCAACCCAGAAGUUAAACUAUAUUGUAAAGAACAUGAUGAAAACUUCAUAUAUUAUUGCAUGAAGUGCGAUGCACCAAUAUGUAAAAUAUGUGUGAUUAAAAAACACAAAUCACAUGAUUUUGCAGAAAUCAAGGAAUCAACUGAAGGGAUUAAAGCUGAGGUCAAAAUGGUGAUCGACAAUAAGAUGAAAAACCUACAGUCAACGAUUGCAGGUAUUGACAAAGGCCUAAAUCAAUAUCAGGCUGAUGUUAAAGGAGUCAUCGACGCUAUCAGAGAAGAAGGGAGACACUUAAAAGAGCUGAUUGAUCAGAAAGUUGAAAGUAUGGUUAAAACAGUGAAAGCAAAAGAAACCAAAAAUCUUCAAAUUUUACAGUCCAUUGAAAAUGAGAUUAAAACAACUUUGGAUAAAGCAAAGAAGCAAGAGAAGUUUUAUCAAGACACACAGGGGAUUAAAGAUACCUCGAAAAUAAUACAAAAGCUCAAACAAAUUAAGUCACAAAUGGAUCAAAUAGAACAAAUGCAUGUUCCUAUUAUGCCAUCAGUCAAAUAUGCGAAACAAAAAUUAGCUAAAGGAAAAAUAGAGAACCUAAGAAUAGGCGAAUUAACUUUUAGAGAUUCAACACCUAAACAAGAGAUAUUCACAUGCAGUAACUGCAGUUCAACUGAUAAUACUCCUAUACUCAUGUUACUACUAUUUUUACAAUGA